AUGGAAGGUUCUAGAAUAGAGAAUUUAAUCAGAGCUGAGAAAUCGCUGAGGCUCAGCUUAGAGAAAUCGAAGUCGGUAGGGUUAGCGUUGGAGAGAGCGGGGCCGAGGUUAGCCGAAAUCAGGCAGCGGCUGCCGUCGCUGGGAUCGGCGGUGCGGCCUAUUCGCGCCGAGAGGGAUGCCCUUGCGGCCGUCGGCGGCCACAUCAACCGUGCUGUGGGCCCCGCCGCGGCGGUGCUCAAGGUUUUUGACGCCGUCCACGGCCUCGAAAAGUCUCUGUUGUCGGAUCCCCGGAGCGAUAUCGCUGGGUACUUGUCGGUGCUGAAGCGCCUCCAGGAGGCGCUGAGGUUUUUGGGGGACAAUUGCGGGUUGGCCAUACAGUGGUUGGAGGACAUAGUUGAGUAUUUGGAAGACAAUUCCGUUGCUGAUCAGGUUUAUCUCGCAAAUUUGAAGAAGGAACUUAAGAAUCUUCGCGAAUCGCAGCACGGGGAACUCGAUGGUGGGUUGUUGGAUGCUGCAUUGUGCAAGUUGGAGGAUGAGUUCAGGUUGCUGUUGACUGAGAAUAGCGUGCCAUUGCCGAUGUCGGUGGCGGCCGCAGGUGAUGAUUUGGCGUGUAUUGCGCCGUCGCCGUUGCCGGUGUCGGUUGUGCACAAGUUGCAGGCGAUUCUGGGGCGGUUGAUUGCCAAUGACAGGCUGGAUAGGUGUGUGGGGAUUUAUGUUGAGGUGAGGAGUUCCAAUGUUAGGGCAAGUUUGCAGGCGCUGAAUUUGGAUUACCUUGAGAUUUCUGUGUCGGAGUUCAAUGAUGUGCAGAGCAUUGAGGGGUAUAUUGCUCAGUGGGGGAAGCAUUUGGAGUUUGCGGUGAAGCAUUUGUUUGAGGCUGAGUAUAAGCUUUGCAAUGAUGUGUUCGAGAGGAUUGGAUUGGAUGUGUGGAUGGGUUGCUUUUCGCAGAUAGCCGCGCAGGCUGGUAUACUGGCGUUUCUUCAGUUUGGGAAGACGGUUACUGAGAGUAAGAAGGACCCCAUUAAGCUUUUGAAGUUGUUGGAUAUUUUCGCGUCGCUCAGCAAGUUGAGGUUGGAUUUCAACCGGCUUUUUGGGGGUGCGCCAUGUGUUGAGAUACAGAAUUUGACUAGGGAUCUUAUUAAAAGGGUGAUUGAUGGGGCUGCGGAGAUUUUCUGGGAGCUUUUUGUUCAGGUGGAGUUGCAGAGGCCGAAUCCACCACCUGUGGAUGGCAAUGUGCCGAGAUUGGUGAGCUUUAUCACCGAUUACUGUAACAAGCUCCUUGGGGAGGAUUAUAAGCCGAUAUUGACUCAGGUCCUGAUCAUUCACAGAAGUUGGAAGCGCCAAAGCUUUCAGGAGAGAGUCCUUGUUACUGAGAUUUUGAACAUUGUGAAGGCUGUUGAGCAGAAUGUGGAGACUUGGAUCAAGGCUUAUGACGAUCCUAUACUGUCCCACUUUUUUGCUAUGAACAAUCACUGGCAUCUAUGCAAGCAUUUGAAAGGGACAAAGCUUGGGGAGCUCUUGGGGGAUUCCUGGCUAAGGGAGCACGAACAGUAUAAGGACUAUUACUCCACAAUCUUCUUGAGGGACAGCUGGGGAAAGCUUCCUGGACAUUUGAGUAGGGAAGGUUUGAUUCUUUUCUCUGGAGGGCGUGCCACAGCCCGGGACCUGGUCAAGAAGAGGUUGAAGAAGUUCAAUGAAGUUUUUGAUGAGAUGUAUACUAAGCAGUCAAGUUGGAUCAUGCCGGAACGGGAUCUGAGGGAGAAGACAUGUCAGCUUAUAGUGCAAGCUGUGGUGCCUGUGUACCGCAGUUACAUGCAGAAUUAUGGUCCUUUGGUUGAGCAAGAUGCUAGCUCUACAAAAUAUGCGAAGUACACUGUGCAGAAGCUUGAGGAAAUGCUCUUGUGUCUUUAUCGGCCAAGGCCUGUAAGACAUGGCAGCUUGAGAAGUCCAACAUUUAGUGCAAAAUAUGGCAAUGGAGUACCUGAUCUUCGCAGAACCGCAUCUGCAGUUGUGUAA